GAACGGCGACGGACGGCGACGGACGUCGGGGGGCGAGGUGAAAGCGACCGUUCGGGGGACGAGCGCGCGCGAUGGGGGAGCCGGAGAUCGACCCCAAGGCGGCGGCGAUCAACGAGUACCAGAGGCUGAUGAUGCAGCACAAGGAGCUCGACGGGAAGGUGAGACGGUUACGGGACGACGUCAAGGAGACGAAGAAGACCUUCGACAAGACCGAGGACGAUCUGAAAGCGCUGCAGAGCAUGGGGCAGAUCAUCGGCGAGGUCUUGAGGCAGCUCGACGAGGAGCGAUUCAUCGUCAAGGCGUCCUCCGGUCCGCGUUACGUCGUCGGCGUGCGAACGAAGCUGGACAAGGAAAAGCUCGUCAACGGCACGCGCGUCGCGCUUGACAUGACCACCCUGACGAUCAUGCGCGCGCUCCCGAGGGAGGUGGACCCGGUGGUGUAUAACAUGCUCCACGAGGACCCCGGACACGUGGAUUACUCCGCCAUCGGCGGGCUGGGGGAACAGAUCCGCGAGCUGCGCGAGAGCAUCGAGCUGCCGCUCAUGAACCCGGAGCUGUUUCUUCGCGUCGGGAUUAAUCCGCCGAAGGGGGUGCUGCUGUACGGGCCGCCCGGGACGGGGAAGACGCUCCUCGCGAAGGCGAUCGCUUCGAACAUCGACGCCAACUUUCUCAAAGUCGUGUCCUCGGCCAUCGUCGAUAAAUACAUCGGCGAGUCCGCGCGUCUGAUCCGCGAGAUGUUCGGGUACGCGCGCGAGCACGAGCCGUGCAUCAUCUUCAUGGACGAGAUCGACGCCAUCGGAGGGAAACGGUUCAGCGAGGGCACCUCCGCGGACCGCGAGAUUCAGCGAACGCUCAUGGAGCUUCUGAAUCAGCUCGACGGGUUCGACGUCCUCGGAAAGGUGAAGAUGGUGAUGGCGACGAACCGACCGGACGUGCUCGACCCGGCGCUGAUGCGCCCCGGGCGUUUGGACCGCAAGAUCGAGAUCCCGCUCCCGAACGAGGGCGGGCGCGUGGAGAUCUUGAAGAUUCACGCGCAGAAGAUUAACAAACACGGGGACAUCGACUACGAGGCCAUCGCGAAGAUCGCGGAUAACUUCAACGCGGCGGACAUGCGAAACAUCUGCACCGAGGGCGGGAUGUUCGCGAUUCGGGACGAGCGGGAUUACGUCGUGCACGAUGAUUUCAUGAAAGCCGUGCGGAAGCUCGUGGAAGCGAAGAAGCUCGAGCCCACGGCGUCGUACGACGAGACGUUCAAGAACACGGACAAGUGAUGACGGGACGACGCGCGGCGAGGCGAACGGCGCCGGCGGCGACGACGACGAUGUAAUCGAUCGAUUGGUUUCGCUCAGGACCCAACCUUGGUAACCACACCUCGCGUCCAGGAGCAAUACUCAGCCGCCCCCGCACGCAAAACUAAUAGACUACUAUCUCACAAC